UUUCUCUUACGUAUUAUAUCAUUUAUAUCUCCACUCUUUGAUACAAGAUAAAAAUCGUAUAACUUUUCUAAGUAUCGGCAUACAUGGUUGUCAUUAACGCAAGUGUAAUUUUUUAGUUCUGCGUACCAAAAAUAGCAGUGCAGGACUGAUUUGACUUUAAAAAGGGAUUAGAUAGCUCGUCUCCCGAGGAAACUGUUGCGCUAAGUACCAGUACAUAUACCCGCUUCAUAAACCGCUUCAGACGGCCGCUAUAAUGGAGGCGAACGGCGCGUGCGAGGUGUCUGUGGAGGUUGCAUGCGUGAAGGAGGAAGCUGAAGAUGUACCGGAGGAACCAGAACACAUUGAGGUGGAGAUCGAGUUUGUGCCAUGUGAAGUGAGCGACGGAUCGUGCAGUGAUGGCGACCACGGGGGACAGGGGCUGAACCCUGAAGCUUCGAAGAACCGAGGAGGCAGAAAAAACGGCGGUCGCCAGCAACCCGCCAGGAAUUGCCGAGCAAGACUCGAGACAACCAUCGGCCGAACUCCAAAACGGAAAAACCCAUACCCCUGCGAUAUGUGUGAAAAGCGAUUCAGUAAACUAGAUAAUUUAAAUAAACACAGACGAGUUCAUACCGGAGAAAAGCCAUUUUCUUGUGAAUUUUGUAAAAAAGAGUUCACUCGUUUGUCUGCUUUAACCAGUCACAUACGUGUUCACACUGGUGAAAAGUCGUACACCUGCGAAAUAUGCCAAAAGCAAUUUGCACAUUUGAGUAACUUGACUAUACACAGAAGAAUCCAUACUGGCCAAAAGUCGUACAAAUGUGAAGUAUGCGAAAAGAAAUUCGCUCACUUAAGCAAUUUGACUGUACAUAAAAGAAUACACACUGGUGAAAAAUCAUAUACAUGUGAAGUAUGUCAAAAGCCUUUUGCGCAUUUAAGCAACUUGACGGUACAUAAAAGAAUUCAUACUGGGGAAAAGGCGUACACGUGUGAAAUAUGUGAAAAGCAAUUUGCACAUUUGAGUAAUUUGACUGUACAUAAACGUACCCAUACUGGUGAGAAGCCACACUCUUGUGAAAUAUGUAAGAAACAGUAUUCAAGUUCUGUUGGAUUGAUUAAACAUAAAAAGAUCCAUACUGUUGAAAAUUGUUAGUCCUUAUGUAUGAAUAUUUUACAAAUUGAAUCGUAUCUAUGUCUGUCAGAUAUGUUUGUCAGUUUACGGCCGCCUAGAAUUUAGAAAAUAUGUAAAUGUUUUAAAAAUGAAGUAGUAUCUACAAAAACGGUUAGUUAAAUGAAUGAACGUGAGGUGAAUGUUAAUUUACUAAAUAAUUGUACUAAAAUAUUAGUCUUAGCCAAUUGACUUUUCUCUUUCUUAUGAUUUUUUGUUAUGUUAUUUUAUUAAUUUCAAUUUAGUUUGCAUUAGAAAUU